CGCUCGUUUGUCCCUCCCUGCUCUCUAUCGCCCAUCUUCCCUAAUCGUACACAGUAAUCGCAAUGGCUCGCGGCGGAUACAAGCUGAAACGCGGCGGUGGAAGAAACUUCAGCAAACACCUCGUUCUCGAUGAGAAUGGAACUGCCGUAGCUGUCGAUCGAUGGGGCGCUCGCGAGAAGCGAGAGAGCGACAACGACUCGGAAGAGGAAGAAGAGUCUGAAGAGGAGACUGACGAAGAGUCGGAUGAAGCCCCUGUUACGGGCAGCAGCGCCCAGCAGCCCGAGCUGUCGCGCGUCGAACGGAAAGAGAUCAAGAAGAAGAAGGCGCUGGCGAAGCAGAAGCAGGAGGAGGAGUCAGAUGAGGACGAAGAAGGCCGGGAUCCUCUGCUCGCGAAUCCCAACAUUGCUACUAAGAAGAUGAACAUCGCGGACCUCGAUGCGCCCCGCGAGCUGUCGCGUCGCGAGAGAGACGAGAAGGAGAAAAAGGAGGCGAAGGAACGAUAUUGGAAGCUUCAUGAACAAGGCAAGACCGAUCAGGCAAAGGCCGACCUCGCACGCCUCGCGAAGAUCCGUGCCGAGCGCGAUGCCGCGCAAGCGAAACGGAAGGCAGAGACUGAAGCGAAAGGGGCAGAAGUAGAAGCGAAGAGGAAAGAGGCGGCGGCAAGAGGAAAGCGCAUAUAGCGACCGAGUUCAUUUCUGUCGUUAUUUCUAUACAUCUAAACGGAAAUGCUAUGUCGCGCACGCAUUGGUG